AUGAAUACACUCACAUUUAUACUCUCCCUAUCCUUCAUAUUAAGCACUGCGCUAACUAUCCUAAACUUUCUUCUCGCUCAAACAACCCCAGACACAGAAAAACUAUCACCAUACGAAUGUGGAUUUGACCCCCUAGGAUCAGCCCGCCUUCCAUUCUCAAUCCGAUUUUUCCUAGUAGCCAUCCUAUUCCUCCUAUUCGACCUAGAAAUUGCCCUACUCCUCCCCCUCCCAUGAGCCAUUCAACUCCAAUCACCAAUCACUACCCUCACCUGAACCAUUACCAUUAUUAGCCUCCUUACACUGGGACUUACCUACGAAUGAACACAAGGAGGCCUAGAAUGGGCAGAAUAA